AUGUUCCAAGAUCACAUACACAUAAAUUGUCUAAAAGAGGAUCAAGAUAGCAAAGGGUACCUCGAUAAAGAAAAACACGAAGAUGCUUCUCUCUCUUCCUCGUCCAUUGGAAGCCAGAAGCUUUUAGAGGUCAUUGAUAUCACUUCAGAAGAUAUUGAUGCCAUUGUUCCAACCGAGGACUAUGAAGGUGAAGCCAAUACAUUGAGAAUGUGGGUGAUCAGUAUCGUAUUGAGUGGUGUAAUUGGUGGUGUUGAUUCCUUUUUCCUAUUGAGAUAUCCAACCCUUCACGUUGGUCCUAUCGUUGCUCAGCUCGUUGCUUAUCCGAUUGGUAUGCUUUGGUAUUAUAUUGUGCCAGCCUGGUCGAUCCCUUUGCCCUUUGGAAAAUCUAUCCAUUUGAACCCAGGCCCUUUCAACCAAAAGGAGCAUACAUGCGUAUUCAUAAUGGCGAAUUUGGUGGACAGUGCAGCAAUGGUCAACAAAAAUGUUUCUGUUGAAUUUUUCUAUUUCAAGAGAGAUAUUGGGAUCGACAGAAUGCUUCUCCUUCAUAUCUCCAGUUUCUUGAUGGCUUUUUGUUGGGCCGGACUCUCGACUGAUAUCUUAGUCACCCCUGCUAACAUCACCUGGCCUGGGGUGUUAAGUAUAUGCGCCUUGUUUCCCACUUUGCACUCCAGAGAAAACAUUCCAGUGGGUAACUGGAAGAUUUCUAGACUCAAUUUCUUCGUAGUCGUUUUUUUCCUAUCAUUUGUUUGGUACUGGUUCCCUGAUUUAAUUGCCCCAUUUUUUAGUGAUAUUGGAGCUUGGAUUAGUUGGAUUAGACCAGAAAACGCUACUCUUUCUCAAAUAUUCGGGGUCAAGACUGGUUUAGGUUUAUUCCCAUUGACUUUGGAUUGGACGCAAGUAUCUUCUUUAAACAAUCCUUUGACCACUCCGUUCUGGUCAACUGCAUGUAUUUUCUUUUCCUUUGUCUUCUGGAUCUGGAUUGUAAUGCCUGGAUUGUAUUAUCAGAAUCACUGGCAAACUGCGCAUUUCCCAAUUAUGACUUCCGCAAUUUAUGAUGUUAAAGGUAAAUCUUAUGAUGCUUCUAAAGUCAUUGAUAGCAAAUGGUCUCUUGAUUACGCCAAGUUCAAGAAAUAUUCUCCUGUCAUGUUGCCAAUUGCAUUUUUGAUGAACUUGGCUUUAGGGUUAGCAGCGUUUUCGGCCAUGAUGGUCUCCUUUUUCUUCCGAUUCCAUGAAGAUGUCAUUGGGGGUUUGAGGAAUAAAAAAACUGAUGCUCACAAUGUUGCCAUGGAAAAGUAUAAAAGAUUCCCAUGGUACUUUUAUGUCUGCAUCGGUUUGAUUGCACUAGGAAUGGGCUUUGGUUUUAGCGGAGGUUGGGUAGAUAUCGAAUUCAGUCCAGCAUCUUAUAUUGUCUCUUUAGUUGUUGGUGGUGGUCUUUUCUUGCCUUUAUCUUUGAUUGAAUCUCGUUCAAACUUUGAAGUUGCCUUAUCUUCUUUCUUUGAAAUAGUUGCCGCAUUCUGGUUCAAAGGAAAGCCAAUCAGCAUCAUGUUUUUCUACACCAUGGGUUUUGGUACUUUACAGCACGCAAAACAUGCUGCUAGUGCUGCCAAAGUCGGACAUUACAUGAAAGUCCCUCCAAAGGUGGUGAUGUCGGUUUUAUUGGUUAGUUCAGUGUGGGCAGGUUUGGUCAGUCCAGCAGUCACUGGUUACCUUAUCGAGCAUUUAAAAGAGGUUUGUACUGCAGAAGCUAAAAACGACAUGUACUGCAGAAGUUCCAAAACCCAAUACAAUAGUUAUUUGGUUUGGGGAUUAUUUGGUACACAUAUUUACUCUCAUGGUGGGCGUUAUUCUUGGGUGAUGUGGUUCUUCUUUAUUGGAGCUGGCACUGCUUCAAUUGUUUGUCUCAUGCAAUUAAAGUGGAAGAAAAAUGUGUUCCUUCAAAAAUUCAAUACAACAUUGUUUUUCGGAGGUGCUUCUAAUAUUCCAAGUGUUACUGGAAUCAAUUAUUCAAGUUGGGCUUUUGUGGCCUUCAUUAUGAAUAUUUGGGUCCACAGAAGAAGACAUGGUUGGUGGAAGAAGUACAAUUUAGUCAUGGCAGUUGGCUUAGACUGUGGUGUUGCUAUUGCUGCUAUUAUCAUUUACUUCUGUGUGGUAUAUACUGGUGGUUCUGAUGGUUUUUCUUGGUGGGGUACAGAAGUGUCCAAGAAGGGCUGUGAUCAUACAGGUUGCCCCCACCUUACAAGCAAAAUUACUCCUCCAGAAGGCUGGUAA